CUUCUCCAAGGCGAUCAAUCGGAUCUCAGGCGGACUACAAGCACUCUCUUACGUAGCCAUCCACAAGGAGAGAGCUAGCACAACAACACGGCUGAACAGCUCAACCAAUUUACCUGGUUCUUGAACCAUGUCUUUGAGCCCAAAGCACACAACGCCUUUCUCAGUGACAGAUAUUCUGAGCCCUAUCGAGGAGACCUACAAGAAGUUUGCUGGCAUGGAUAGCACAGGGAACCUUACUUCUCCUUUGGGACCCUACCGACAGACCCAGGUUUCACAGCCUGGCAUGCAACAGCACACCAUGGGCCACACUGCCACCGUGGCUGCUACCUACCACAUGCCACACAGUGUGUCCCAGUUUUCUCAUAGUGCCAUGGGAGGAUACUGCAAUGGGAGCAUUGGCAACAUGGGGGACCUCCCUUCGUACCAAGAGACCAUGAGAAAUAGCGCCGCUGCCAGUGGAUGGUAUGGAGGAAACCCCGACCCCAGAUAUUCAUCAAUUUCUAGAUUCAUGGGACCUUCUACCGGUAUGAAUAUGGCCGGAAUGGGAAGCUUAAGCGGAAUGAGUGACGCGACAAAGGCAAUGGCACCUUUACACGCAGCCCCAAGGAGAAAAAGAAGGGUGCUGUUCUCUCAGGCACAGGUCUACGAGCUUGAAAGGCGAUUUAAGCAACAGAAGUACCUCUCAGCUCCCGAGAGAGAGCACCUGGCCGGCAUGAUUCACCUCACCCCGACCCAGGUCAAAAUCUGGUUUCAGAACCACAGAUAUAAGAUGAAACGACAGGCCAAGGACAAAGCUACCCAACAACUACAGCAAGAGAGCAGCUCGUGCCAGCAGCAGCAGCAGUCUCCAAGGCGAGUGGCGGUACCUGUGCUGGUGAAGGAUGGGAAGCCCUGUCAGAAUGGCUCCAGCACUCCAACACCCAGUCAACAGCAGCAGCAGCAAAACAUGUCUAAUGGGGUUCUAGUCACCUCCAGCAAUGCCAUCACUCAGCACCCAAACCAACAGGUAAACCCCUUAUCCCAGGCCCAAGACCUAGGGGAAAUGUCACCGAGCCCUCCAUCUCUACAUAACCAAAUGGCCAAUAUGGCUCAGAUAGACACAUCUGUAGAUUACACCAAUAACAUGGUCAGCCCCAACAUGCUUUAUGGCAGAACAUGGUAG